AUGGGUAGGGCUCCUGCUCUCACUUCUGAACAGCAAGCACAAAUCGACGUUCUCCGCCAGAUGGGUGUGUCGCUCCAUGAAACUUCGAAACUCAUCAAGAAAAGCCGGAAUGCUAUCCGCCAUUACCUUGAUGAUCCGGUCAACUACGGAAAGAAAACGAAUGCGUUGAAAGGAAGACCACGGAAAGUGACAACCCGCGAUGAACGGAACAUUGUAAGAUCCAUUUCCAAUUCGAUGAAGAGUGCAAACGACGUUCGAAGUGAUCUUAAUUUGAGUGUCUGCAAGAGUACUGUUCUCAACGUUAUCAAUCGCAGUGGUGUCAUGCUCCAAAACGCCAUCGUCCCAUUCUUCCGUCACCGUCGCCGCAGUCACACUUUUCAGCAAGACAAUGCCAGUAUUCAUAAAAGCAUUUCGACACAAAACUGGCUCGCUGCGAAAGGAAUCAAGGUUCUGCAAUGGCCGGCGUGUAGCCCAGACCUCAAUCCAGUUGAGAACGUUUGGGGAUUGUUGGUUCGUCGUGUCUACCGCCAUGGCAAACAGUAUGCCAGUGUCCAGGAUCUGAAAGAUGCCCUUCUUAUCGAGUGGAAUUUGGUCACAGCCGCGGAAUUGAAGAAUCUGGUAUCGAGCAUGCCAAAUCGACUUUUCCAAGUCAUUCAGAAGAACGGAGGCGAGACCAGAUAUUAA